AUGCCGGGUUUCGCAGACUCGUUCUGGUCGAGCGAUUAUGCCGGAGGACUGGGUGUCCUGUUUGGCAAGCUCCAGCAGGGUGUAAUGGAAAAUCGGCAGGUCCUCACCAUUGCCCGUUUGCGCGCCGAAGCCGAAGACACCUAUGGCCAGCGUCUCUCAGACAUUGUGCCCUCCGCAGACAAAGUCAGCGGCGGCUUCUCAAGAGAUGACGGUGCGACUGUACGAAAAGCUUAUGACGGAAUGCGAACCGAGAUGCAAGAAGCUGCACGUAGCCAUCAGCGCAUCGCCCAGAAUAUUCGAGACUUGGUCGUCAACCCAUUUUCCCGCUGGUGCGAUGCACACGAAGCGCGUGUGCAAGAGUCGCAAGACGAGCUACAGGCCCGCGUCAAAGCCCACGAUCGUCAGGCCGAUGCAGUUCGCAAACUGCGGUCAAAUUACUUCAAUAAGUGCCGCCUGGUAGAAGACUUGGAGGAGGAGAACAAGCUCGGAUUUCAAGACCCCGAAACCAGUCCCAAGCCGAACCAGCCCAACAUUCCCGAGAUCAAAGUCCAGCCACUCAAAGAAGAAGACGAAGUCGAGGACGACGAAGUGUACGCAAUCGGUGAUGAUGUUUACCAACCUGAGCAAUUGAAGCAGAUACUCUCGCAAAUGCUUUCCACCAUCAAAAUGGGCGAAACCAAGGUUCCUAUCUUGGGUACGUACUUGAACACUUCAGCUGGUUCUGAUAUUGUCGAGUACCUUCAACGUAACAUGGGAAUCUCGAGUGUAAGCUAUGCCGAGCACAUCGGCCAAGAUCUCAUUGCCAAUGGCUUCCUACGCCUGAUUGGAAACGUGGGCAGCACAUUUGCCAAUAGCUCCAAGAUGUUCUACCAAUGGCGACCAAAGGCUUUUAAAUGUGCUGGAUUGCCCGAGAGAAAACUGAACAGAACCUUUUCGCUCCCCGUCACUGGUUCAGACGCAAGCUCGGAUUCGCCGGUUGUUGGCACUGUCAGCGAGUAUCUCGCCAAUUGGAAUGUGCUCGGGAAUAGGGACCCGAACGAGACUCCGUCAAUGCGUCUGCAACGCGAGGCCCGAGAAGCCGAUGACCGGUACAAAGCCGGUAUUCGCAGGCUUGAUGAGUUGCGGUGUGAGCUGGAAGAAGCUAUUUUCCUUCACCUCAAGUUCCUUGAACGAUGCGAGCUUGAUCGACUAAAGGCCAUCAAAACGGUCGUCCUUGAUUUCUCGGGUACGAUCGGCAAUGUCAUCCCUAGUCUGCAGUCUACUGUAGACAAAAUGGUCUUAUUCCAGGAAACUAUUCAGCCUGCAGGCGACCUGCGAUAUCUGCUGGAGAAUUACCGAACCGGAAGCUUCGUACCAAAAGUAGUCGUGUAUGAGAACUACUACAACCGAGUUGACGAGCAGACUUUUGGUGUUGACCUCGAGGCUCGUGCUAGAGCCGACAAGAAGCGUGUGCCUAUCAUGGUGACGACGAUUUUGACCUAUCUCGACCACCAUUAUCCAGACUUGGAAGGGGACGAGGCUCGUCGCGGAGUUUGGCUCGUCGAUGUCCCUCUGCCUCAAAUCCAUAGACUUCGAGCCAAGGUUAAUGACGGCAAGAGCAUCCCACCAAAUGUCUUCGAUGAGUUCGAUGUGCCCACUGUGGCCGGACUCCUGAAACUGUAUCUAUUGGAACUCCCCGACUCACUGGUCAGCGCUCACGUGUACGAAAUUAUUCGCACCAUCUACACGACACCUACUACAGAUGCCUCUGAAGCAUCUCGUGUUGCGGUCCUCCAGCAGACAUUGUCGCAGCUGCGCCUGACCAAUAUCGCGACCUUGGAUGCCUGUAUGAAUCACUUCACUCGCUUGAUUGAUUUGACCUCGGCAGAUGAGCAAUACGUUGCAUUGUUGGCUUCAUCGCUAGCACCGUGCAUUUUAAGGCCACGAACCGAAACGUCCCUCACGCUGGAAGAGAAGCACGCAUCUCGACUUGUGCGAGACUUGUUUACUCACAAGGACGCCAUUUUCAGUGAACUGAAGCGAAUGUCCACCUUGAGUCAUUCCACCUCUGUUGGCGCCAACCGACCUCGGGCUGUGAGCACGGAUGAGAGUAACCGAAAAGCACUGAUGGAGGAACGAAAUCGGGCUUUGGUAGAAAAGGCUAAUGCCUCACGAAGUCGGGCAACCAGCCCGGCUCCCGGACCUCGUGGCCAUCGCCGUGACAGGAGUAGCGGAGGGCCAGAAACUCGAUUCCCAAUCCAGACAAGUCCAACAACCGACCGAAAUCGCACCAGCCUGGUAGGCAUUGAGGGCCGCUUAAAGCGAGCGUCCCUGGAUGUCCCUGGAAGCGAUGGCCCAGCCGUAGGCGAUGCAGUCAACGGCUCACCGCAGAGCAAAGGCACCGACAGUGAUGGCAACGAUAAGCGUGACAGCGGCAGUCGCAUCGGAACCAAGUUUGUUGCUGGCAAGAGAGUGCCAAGCACACCUCCCCAGGAAGGCACACCCCCAAGAGGAGUAACGCUUGAGGAUAAACCCAUGGAUGAUUAG